AUGAGGGUGGUUUAUAAAGAAAACCCUCGUACAAUUUGUAUUCGCUCGGAUACACAUUCGCUAUGCUUUCAGGAAUUACAUAGCAGUAAAUCCAAACACUUGCCUAGGGAAUCGGCCGUGGCAGUUGAAUUGUUACCCAACGAUCAAAUUACCCAAGAGAACGGAUUUCGAACUUUGUUGAAAAAAGAGGUAUUUGGAUGUUUGGGGCUUAUUAGCAUUGAUAAGAAGGCAUUUUUGGCGGUAAUUACGGGAGCAAUCACCGACGUUGCCCAUCCAGUGGAAUAUGAGUCGGUGGAUAAGAUUUAUUCGGUGGAUUUUCUUUCAUUAUCGAGUGAUGAAUGGGAUUUUGUGAGUCUUGACUCAACGGGACUUCCAAUGGCAGCAACUGCAGACGAAUUUGAGGCGGAAAAUAAUUAUAUUAGAGAGGCCCAUCCUUGCCAUGAAAUGCAGAAGCUUUUAUCGAACGGGUCGUUUUAUUACUCCAAUGAUUUUGAUUUGACGUCUCUAAUCCAGAAUAGAGGUAUCCAGAACGCCAGACUACACCACGAAAAGAAAGGUGUGAGAAAAAUCAACCUCGAACACUAUCUGGAGAAAUAUAUGUGGAAUUCAUUUAUGAUGUGCGAGAUAUUCGAGUUUAGAUCCAAGUUAGAUUCGUACGUGCAAGCCAUCUUGGAUGACAAUAGGUUUUUAACUACAGUUAUUAGAGGGUUUGCUAAAACGGUCAAUUUGAACUCGUCGGGCGAAAGUAUGACUAUUAUAUCCAAGCAAUCGUGGAAAAGGGCUGGUACAAGAUUCAAUGCCCGUGGUAUAGAUGAUAAUGGUAACGUGGCCAAUUUCGUUGAAACUGAGUUUAUUUUCAAUCAGCCUACUCAUGAGCAAAUUUCUGCGUUUACUCAGAUCAGAGGGUCUGUACCGACAUUUUGGGAGCAGGAUCUGACUUUAAUUAACCCAAAGAUUACUCUCACAAGAUCGCUUGAGGCUACGCAACCAAUUUUUAAUAAACAUUUUACUGAAAUAUGUCAAAAGUACGGAGUGUGUCAUAUUAUUAAUUUGUUAUCUAAGACUAAACCUGCAGAGGUUCAAGUCCUGCGUCGUUACAAACAAUUAUAUAGCGGAUCUGAUCACAGAGAUGAAAUGGCAUUCAGUGAGUUUGAUUUCCAUCAUGAAACGAAGCAACUGAGUGGUGGUUUUGCAGGUGCAACGAAAAUCUUACCCAUGCUUUACGAUUCUAUGGAAAAUUUUGGAUGGUUUGUUUACGAUACAGCCCAAGGUGAAACCGUAACCAGGCAAGAUGGUGUUUUCCGUACUAAUUGUUUAGACUGUUUGGAUCGUACCAAUUUGAUUCAACAAGUGAUUUGUCAAAGCAUUUUGGAACAUACUUUACAGAAUCAGCGCGGAACUCGUGAGGGUAAUCUCCAAGAACGAUACGCCGUUGAUGAUCUUGUUAAUAAGCACAAUACUUUAUGGGCUGAUCACGGUGAUGCUAUAUCACAAAUUUAUACGGGAACAAAUGCUUUAAAAUCCUCAUUUUCGAGAUCAGGUAAGAUGAAUUUUGCAGGUGCUCUUUCUGACGUAACCAAAUCUGUCUCUAGAAUGUACCAGAAUACUUUUAUGGACUCUAAAAAGCAAUCUACUAUGGAUUUGUUAUUAGGUUAUGAUGCGCAAAACUCAUCACCCGUGAGAAUAUAUGAUCCAAUCAACGAAUUUGUUCAGGAGAAGUUGCAUGCAGAAGCCAGCUCAUUUACAACCUGGAAUGACAUAAAUAUUUUCGUUGGUACUUUCAAUGUCAAUGCUGCAGCACCGCAUAGUAAGCUUGAUCUAAGCAGCUUUCUCUUCCCGCCAGAAAAUACUGGAAUGGAACUUCCAGAUGUCUAUGCGAUUGGUUUACAAGAAGUUAUAGAAUUGAAUGCGGGAUCUAUUUUAAGUUCUGACUCGUCCAAGCCAUCAUUAUGGGCGAAAUUGUUGGAGACACAGUUAAAUUCUCAGGCGGAACCAUACUUGUUAUUGAGAGCUGAAUCCAUUGCAUCGAUGUCGCUCUUUUUGUUUGUUAAAAAGAGUCAAGUUCAUAAAGUAACACAGGUAGCUGGAUCAUCCAAGAAGACUGGAUUGGGUGGUAUUGCUGCCAACAAGGGUGCUUGUGGUGUUAGAUUCGAGUUCGGUCUGACUUCAUUUGUAUUGAUAACGUCUCAUUUGGCUGCAGGUACAACAGCCUUAGUUGAAAGAUAUAAUGACUAUAUGACCAUUAUGUCUGGUUUAACAUUUACAAGAAAUUUUACUAUCAAAGACCAUGACCAUAUUAUUUGGUUUGGAGACUUGAAUUAUCGUGUGUCAUUACCUAAUGAACAAUGCCGGUACUUUAUUGAAAAUGGAGCAUUUGAUGAAUUAACUGCGAUGGAUCAAUUAAAUCACGAAAUGACUAAGAAAGGGGCUUUCUACGGAUUCAAAGAAGGUGCUGUUAAGUUCUAUCCUACAUACAAGUUUGACAAGGGGACUUCGAACUAUGACUCGUCUGAGAAGCAAAGAAUACCAUCGUGGACGGACAGAGUCUUGUACAUGUCAUCCAAGGGUACCGAUCCAUUAAAACAAUUAAAUUAUAACUCAUGUAUGGAUAUACUUGCAAGUGACCACAAACCGGUGUAUUCGACACUCAAAAGUAGAGUCAAAUUUGUGGACGAAGAAAUGAAAAUUAAGCUUUCAAAACAUUUAUACGAUACUUACAAAAAAGAGCAUGGAGAUAUAGGUGAAGUAUCAUUAUUGGAAUUGUCAGAUAGCAUGACUCUGUCUUCAAAACCUUCGUCGUUGAAUUCUGAUUCUAGCUUUUCCGUAGAUACUUUAUCUGAAAUGAACCUUCUUGAUGAUGCUGAUGUAAAUGUACCAAAAUUGCCAGCUCGCCCUAUCGGCCGUAGUAAUACUUUGCCAAAAAGAAUUCCACCACCACCAAUGAGCAGAAAACAAGUCUCGCUGGAACAAUCAAAAUCAACUUCAAGUGGGUUUCCAAGAAAACUACCACCGGUUCCAUAUGAUCAAGAAGCACUCGUUCCUAGUCCUUCCAAAUCCAUAUCGAAUCCAUUGCUGCGUACCCCAUCUGCAUCUGCAUCUACGCCCCCACCGCCGCCUCCAUCAAGGAAAACGGCUAAUCCCGUCAAACCGCCAAUUGGAUUCUCCACGACUCCUCUUAUCUCGAGCAGAUCCAACUCUGCCACGCCAUCUAGGGGCUCUCCCGUAUCUUCACCAGCUACAACAGGAAAUGUGGAUCUAGAACACCCAAAGCUCAAUCCGAUUGUUCCUAUCAAACCAGCGUCGUUGGCCUCGUCUAAGACUAAGCCGUCAUCGCUGGAAGCUACAUCUGCAUCGGAUGUUCCAAACUCAACGCCCGCUUCGUCGGCAAGAAGUGCCUCGUCCGACGGUAAUGGCAAGACAAUGUCGGAAUGGAAACCAUUAAUGCCUAGCUAG